AUGGCCGACCUCGCGACCUGCUUGCCCCUCACCCGGGCCUCCGUCGUCGAAGCCCACAAGCUGGUCAAACCGCACGUCCACUACACUCCCGUCCUCACCAACAAGACCCUCACGGCGUUGGCGUCGACGCCGCGGGACCCCGAGGAUCUCAAGGGCACGGCGUGGGAAGGGCGCACGCCGGCGAAGCCCGUGCUCCGGCUAUGGUUCAAGUGCGAGAACCUGCAGCGCAUCGGCGCGUUCAAGGUCCGCGGCGCUUUCCAUGCCGUUGAGAGGCUGAAGCAGGAGCCUGGGUGGGUCGAGGGCGGCGGCAAGGAGAAGGGCGUUGUGACGCAUAGUUCAGGAAACCACGCCCAAGCCCUGGCCCUCGCAGCCAGAGAGAACGGCAUCCCAGCACACAUUGUCAUGCCAGACAUCUCCCCGCCCAACAAGAUCGCCGCGACGCGCGGCUACGGCGCCAACGUCGUCUUCAGCGGCAGCACCAGUGUCGAGCGUGAGGCCGUCGCAGAUCGCAUCAUCGCCGAGACGGGCGCCCGUCUCGUGCCCCCCUACGACCACCCGGACAUCAUGCUGGGGCAAGGGACCAUGGGCCUCGAGCUCCAGGAGCAAGUGCGCAGUCUCCUGGCCGCGGGCCACUCGGCCGAACACCCGACAUUCAACUCGACGGGCCUGCCCCCUGCGCCGCCGGUAUCCAAUGGCGACGGCGACAGCGACAAAGCAAAAGGGGGGCUGGACGCGAUCAUGACGCCGUGCGGGGGCGGCGGUAUGCUCUCCGGCGUGGCGCUGAGCUGCGAGGGCACGGGGAUCCGGGUGUUUGGCGCGGAGCCCGCGUUCCAGGGCGCCGACGACUGCAAGCGCGGCUUCGAGACGGGCAAGAGGGUCGAGAGCGUGAAGACGUUGACGGUCGCCGACGGCUUGCGGACGCCCGUGGGUAAGCACCCCUGGUCCGUCAUCUACGAGCGGCGGCUGGUGGAGAACAUGUACAGCGUGUCCGAGGAGGAGAUCAAGGCGGCCACGAAGCUCGUGUUUGAGCGGUUCAAGCUUGUGGUUGAGCCUAGUGGUGCGGUCCCGUUGGCUGUGGCGCUGUUUAAUGAGGAUUUCAGGGCCAUGGUGGAGAGGGAGGCGGGGGAGACGGGGUGGGAUUUGGGGUUGGUUUUUAGUGGUGGGAAUAUGGCUUUGGAGGGGCUCAUGAAGAUUUUUGCUGCGUGA